AUGUCCUCUGUUAACUUAGUGACGUAUACGGUUCUGCUCAAUGGACGUGCACAUGGUUUUAUUAGACCUGAACGUGGUAUUAGGCAGGGAGAUCCGCUCUCUCCCUUUUUAUUCAUCCUAUGCCCUGAAGUCUUAGUAAGUUGCCUAAAUCAUUCUGAAGCGAUGAGGAAGCUCCAUGGUACUAGCUUGGCUCCGUCUGGUCCUUCUGUCCACCAUUUAUUAUUUGCAGACGACAGUCUGCUUAUGUGCAGAGCUUCGAAAGAGGAAGCUGAGGAGCUUAUGAGAUGCCUUAAAAGCUCUAUGGAGAGUCUUCUAGACAGAUGA